AUGUUUCGAUCGAUGAUUUCCAAGUGGAGCCAUCGUUCGGCACACCCUCACAGCCAGACCACAGGCGAGAGCCUCGGCGGCAGCGGCAGGCCGGUUCCGAUCGGGACGAACUCCUCCAUGCUCGGAGGGACCGUUCGUGGAGCAGGUGAUGCAAUGUCAGCGGCAGACGUCGCGGCUCACGAUAACUACGACACCAUGAACCCAGGCCAACUGAUUACCGAAUUCAGUCCGCCGGUGACUUCAGAGAAGUGCAGGCUUGGCCUCCUACCAUACAUCUUGUGUUCUCGCACAUUCGACAUGUCUACCUAUGAUUUAGAGGCUCAGUAUGACGGGACUAGGGAUGACAGCUCGUUGCGGGGUCUCGAAUACGUCGACAGGAGUGUACCACCACAACAUUGGAUCUGCUGUGACUAUAACGAGGCACCGCAGGGUUAUCCCAGGCUGGCCCGCUACAUGGCCACAGCGGAGAACUUGAGCGUAUUCCGCCAGUUUCGAUACCUACAAACGCGCAUCAUGUUGCAGCUGCAGGACGAGCUGCGGGAGCUCGAGACACUACUGUACAGGCUUGACGAGAGAGACCGCGAGUUCCCCGGCAUGUUGCGGAGCAGAGAAUACUGCGACAAGAGAUCCCGAACCAGGAAGAUGCUGCUGCACCGGACCCGGAGGAAGUGGAUGGACUACGGUAUGAGUAGAAAUGCCUUCGUUCGGUAUGUCCGUGCUAACCAGACACCAGCCGAAUUCAUAGGGAAGACCAAUGACGUUCGAUCGUUGACGAAUGCCUCGAGAUACCAGCUGGGAUAUCUGAGCAGUUUCUUCCGCCCACGUCCUCCCAUAGACGGCAACGAGAACUUUCUCGUAGCUGACGGGGACCUGAAGAGCGUCAGGCCGGACGGAGACGGCGUCUGGCUGGAUGAGGUACUGCUGUACCUGAUGAUCAGAUAUGAGUGUCGGCCCCUGAGGAUCAGCCAGAUAGAUGACGACCAAAGACAAGAUGCACGUCAAAAACAAACACGAACCGAAAAGCCGGCCAGCGCGAGAGCCCCGAGCUCGACAGAACACGUUGAGCAGCAACACGGACAACGGACGACUCGCGCGAGUCAGAGGAGCCCGAGACACACGCUGUACGAUAAGGAUCGAAUCCACGCGUUCACGAUGGUCAUCCUGAUCGGGCUCGUGCUUUGCUUCCUCGCUGGACCUCUGUAUCCCCUCUACAGCUGGGUGCAAGGUGAGGUGACGCCUGGGAGGAUGGGCAUGAUCAUGGGACUGCAAUGUGUGUGUACCUUGCUGUUCGGCAUGGUGCUGGCUAUCUUUACGAAUGCGAAGCGGCAUGAGAUCUUCACAGCCUCAGCGACCUACAUGGCCAUCUUGGUGGUUUUCAUGGGACAAAGUCCAGCGUAG